AUGGAACCUAAGACGGCGCGGAGCUGCCCCAACUCGCCCAAGGCACGCAGCGAGUUAGAAGCCCGAGACAGAGCUCCUGGCAGCUCUCACACACUCGGUGACACUGACACUCACACUGCUCCCGUCUCCGUCUCUCACACUCGCAGGGUGAUGCGGCUGCCACUACGGGGCUUGCGUGUCCGAUCGCGUGUCCCUGCAGCCUUCUACACCUCGAUGCCGCUCAGUUGA